AAGGGGAGGAAGAAUUCUCUACACUGUUGUGAUUUAGGUGUCAUCAUUUUCCUUUUUCUUCCUAAUUCUCUGAUAACUCCACGGGCGCCAGAACGAUGGCGUCUGCACACGACAGAGCUGUACUCCAGGCUAUAUUCAACCCCACCACCCCCUUUGGAGACAUCCCUGUUCUCAACCAAGAGGAGGAAUUAAUUGACGAUGACAGUGGCUUUGACACAGAGUUGCUGAAGCAAGUGAAGGAGAUGGAGACGCGGGGCGUCUCGGCAGCAGAGGCCGGGGAUUUGCAAACCGCACUUCAACUGUUCAGCCAGGCAGUCCAGAUCUUGCCUGAACGAGCCUCUGCCUACAACAACCGGGCUCAGGCCCUGCGGCUGCUGGGGGACGCAGCAGGAGCUCUGCAGGAUCUGGACCAGGCCAUCUCCCUCGGUGGCACAACGGGACGCUCUGCCUGCCAGGCGCUGGUGCAAAGAGGCCUCUUACGGAGAUUGGCGUGCCAGAAUGAUGAAGCCAGGGCUGAUUUUGAGAAAGCAGCUGCACUCGGAAGUGAAUUUGCUCGGCAGCAGGCGGUGCUUCUUAAUCCGUAUGCAGCGCUGUGCAACAAAAUGCUCUCAGAGGUGAUCAAUAAACUCCGCAACCCUGAAGUAUCAGAGAUGGAGUAGUUGGUGAGAUGAUGGGUUGCUUGAACACCUUUACUUUUUCUGAUGCCAAAAAAAGUAUCCCCUUUUUUCUGUUUUAACACCCGUUUGAUUUCAUUUAUUUUACAGCUGUAACAAAACAACUGUUCAGUCACAUUUAAGAAACAGGAUAUUUGUUCUCAGAGACUCUUUGCUCCCAUUUUCUCUUAUCAAAGUCAGUCUACAUCAACACAAAUGUCAGUGUUAUCAAUAAAAUAAUGCAUAUGUUUAUGGUAAAAUGUGGUAUUUAUUAAAUGCAAAAUGAAG